CUUCCAAAGAAUAACAAGCCCUUCUGGUUGGUGAUUGGAACUCCUCAAAUGGGCAUUUUGGGUUCUGGCUUUCUGAAACUUCUUUCCUCUUUUUAGCUUGCUUAAAACCAGGAAUUCAAAUAUAUAUUUAUAUAUUUUGUGUGGUGUUUGAUGUUAAAGGGUUAAAAGAUGUUGGGAAGCUUGCUUACCAGAUGCCUUAUAAUGUUUCUUGGGUAUGCAUACCCUGCAUUUGAGUGUUAUAAAAUUGUGGAGAAGAACAGAGUUGAGAUUGAAGAACUCCGGUUUUGGUGUCAAUACUGGAUAAUUGUGGCCAUGCUUACAGUUCUAGAGAGGAUUGGAGACGUUUUCGUUUCAUGGUUGCCCAUGUAUGGCGAGGCGAAGGUGGCCCUUUUUAUCUACCUCUGGUAUCCAAAGACCAGGGGAACUGGGUUUGUGUAUCAGACACUGUUGAGGCCAUAUGUAGCAAAGCAUGAAACAGACAUAGACAGGAAACUGCUGGAGCUGAGAGCAAGGGCCUGGGAUUUGGCGGUUUUCUACUGGCAAAACUGCGCCCAAAUGGGCCAUUCAGCUUUCUUCCAAGCCCUUCAAUACUUGGCUUCACAGUCCUCAAAGUUCACCAAAACCCCCGCCGAAGAGCGGACGGUCGACGAUGAUCAGCAGAACCUAACGCCACCUUCAAACGCACCGCUUCGCAAACCCAGUGGGAAGAACAAGUGGCCGCCGCCGUCAUCUCCGCCAGGAACACCCAAUGGCACAACCACAACCGCCAAUGGCACAAUCACAACCGUCAAUCGUUUCAUGUCCGAGACUCCGAGAUCCCCCAAGGUGCAGGUUCAGGCCAAACAUCAAACAGAAGGCGGGCAGGUUAACGAGCUGUCCGAAAAGCUCAGGCUCAGGCGUUCCAAGCCAAUCCAAUGAGAAAUUAGAUUGUAACAACAACAAAAAAAAAAAAAAAAGAACAAACGAAAUUGUACAAAUCCCACAAACAGAAUCGAUUGAUUGAUUGAUUGAUCAGAACUCUGUAUUGGAACUGAAAAUUCUUGAACUUCAAAUUCAAAUUCAUUCAUUCAAUUCCA